AUGGGCUUCCACAAGUCAUCCAUGGACAUUAAGCUUGAGAGGGGUCAUAUCCUCACUGCUUACUGUCGCCGACCUACCGGAGAAGCAAUCUACUCAGAACUAGAUUUGGACCAGUUUCUAGGAGCAAAAAAAGGACAAUUCGCUUGGGGAAGCCAUAACUUUUCAGCGCAUGCCACCGACGUCGAUCUACAACUAGAGGGACCAACCCAUGAACCAGUGCUGCAUGCGCAUAUUGACGAUGGCAUUGGAAACAUUCAGGACUGUGAGGUGAAUUUGGCUGCUUGUAUCAAAAACGAAGAUGGAAAUUUGCGUUUCAUGGAGUGUUUCUAG